UUUGCUAAAAGAAUUAGGGAAGAACAAAACGGAAACGAACCCUACUUGUUGUUCCUUCUUCAUCGGUCUCCGGUCUGCGCCGUGUUUUGCGUCUCUCUCAAACUCCGAUUCUCUAUUUUCCGACCAACAGAGAGUAGCGACUGGUUCGUUUCUGUAAAUUUCUGAUAUUUAUCGCUUUUCUCUAGGGUUUUUCUAAGGUUUUACUUGGAAUCCAAAAAGAUGUUUAUUGUGAUGUUUAGCUAGUUAUGGAAUUGUUGGGUGGAGUUGAUCGCAGUGACGUACAAGUAGCAUACUUUCGAGUGCAGUGAUGAUUCUGAAGCAGCUGAAACAAUUUACCUUUUCUGCUACACGCAGAAAUGUUGAUGUUAAACGGCUUGCAAGGUUCUAUGGCUCUCCUGCUGUUUGCGAAUCUUUAACAACCUCUAAAGCUUACAAAAGACUCUCAAGAGAUGAUCGGCGAGCUUUGGUGGAGUCUUUUGUCAACGAAUACAGAGCAAAUAAUGCUGGUAGAUUCCCUUCAUUGAGUUCUACUCGCAAGGAAGUGGGGGGCUGUUAUUACGUUGUCAGGGAAAUCCUUCAAGAGCUGAAACUCAAACCAAAAGCACCUAUGCCAAUCGUAGCUAAAGCCCUCUCAGAAGUCUCUCCUUCUGUACCAUGUGAUGCUUCCUCACACUUUUCUCCAGCACCUGUGCCAAUCGUAGCUAAACCCCUCUCAGAAGUCCCUCCUUCUGUACCAGAUGAUGCUUCCUCACACUUCUCUCCUGUGGUUGUUGAACCUGAGAUUCAAGCUGGCAGUCUGGGUAUUGAGACAGUAAAUGAGCAGAAGCAGGAUAUAAUAGAUACUUCUCACUCUAAUUCUGAUGAUGAAAGUAAUCUCCAGGGAAACAACCUUGUCAUUUCUGCAACAGAUGACAAAAGAGAAACAGAGACAACUCAGAGAAUAGAAGUAGAGGUAUGUCUAAAAAACUCAGAGACUGAGGAAGAGGGAAACUUGACGCACAUAGGUAAUCAAGAGUCAAAAGCAGACCAUCUUGGAGGAGCUGCUGGAACCGGUGACAAAAGACAAACAGAGACAACUCAGGGAAUAGAAGUAGAUGUAUGUUCAAACAACUCAGAGACUAAGGAAGAGGGAAACUUGACGCACUUAGGUAAUCAAGAGUCAAAAGCAGACCAUCUUGAAGGAGCUGUUGCAACAGAUGAAAAAAGAGAAACAGAUACAACUCAGGGAAUACAAGUAGAUAUAUCUUUAAAAAACUCAGAGACUGAGAAGGAGGGAAACUUGACGCACUUAGGUAAUCAAGGGUCAAAAGCAGACCAUCUUGAAGGAGCUGCUGUUUCAGCAGAUGUUGUGCCUACUGAGACCAGACAAGUUUCAGAGGCAGGAGCCGGUGAGGCGAAAGAGACGGAAGCUGGUGAGGUGAAAGAAAGGUCAAGUGCGUGGAGCAACAUAAUGUCAUUUGCAAAAGAAUUUACGAACUUUUGGAGAAAAAUGUAGAUAUAGCCGGGGAGCUUUAGAUACGCUCUGAAGGGGGUAGGUAGAGGUGUGUGAAGUACACUAGUAGAGGUGUGUGAAGUACACUAGUAGAGGUUGUUUUGAUUUGACCAUUUUGCGCAAAGGUUUGGUAUCUCCCAAGAUGUCUUAAAUCUAUACUAUUAUUGUCCUGCUGGCAAUGAGUCUAUAGAUUAAAACACAACAAUUUUAGAGGCUAGUUUUGUGAUUGACCAUUUUGUACAAA